AUGCAAACAAGAAUAAUAAAUGAUGAGGAUUUCAUUAACUAUUCUGAAGGAACAGUUAAUGACGAAUUUUUAGAUCUCCAAGACACCGAUAGUGAAGAAGAACAGUUGGAACAUGAAGAUUUUUCCGCUACUAAUAACACACGUGACACUGAUAUGGUAGCUGAAAGGAUCAUUGAAUCUUCAACUAACGAAUCUGGACAACGAAUGUUUUUGGUAAAAUGGAGAGAUAUUGAUGAACCCGAACUCAUCACGGCUUCAGAGGCUCAUUUACGCUGCACUCAAGCAGUUAUCCAAUUCUAUCAAGAUAGAUUGGUUUUGCGAAAUAAUGAAUUAUUCUAUGAAUAA